CAACCCGCCAAGCAGGUGCCGAGGGCGGUCGAAGGAUCAAGUAACACGUCUCUCUUUCACCGCGCGGUCCUAGUAAGGCAUAUCGGACAGUGGACAGCUCGAGAGCAGCUGUGGACGCCAGCGCUGAUUCGGCGUCUUUGUCUUCCCGGUGAGUGAGAGAGAGAGCUCGAGAGCAGCGCGGACGCGCCAUGAAGGGAAAUGUGGACUUGGUGUCGCUUUGUGUGCUCGCGCUACUGUUGAUGGCAGGCGCCGCGCGGGGCGACACACCCGCGAACUGCUCCUUCGAAGACCUGGUGGGCACGUGGGCGUUUCAGGUGUCGGAGGGCGGCAAAGAUCGCAGUGUGAACUGCACAGAGAUGGGCCCUGUUGUGACGACUGUUGUGGUGCAUCUGGAGAAGUUGUCGUUGGCUGCUGAUGACCUGGGCAGCACCGGCUUCUUCACCCUCAUCUACAACCAAGGCUUCGAGGUGGAGCUGAAUGACUACAAGUGGUUCGGCUUCUUCAAGUACUCCCAGCAAGGCUCGGAGGUGACCAGCUACUGUGACCAGACGAUGCCCGGCUGGGUGCACGAUGUGCUGGGGAACAACUGGGCCUGUUUCACGGGCAAGAAGAUCACCGCUGUCCCCCCACGCAGACACACACCCCCCCACCUCAAACACUCAGAGCACCGCUUGCUGCAGCAGAUCUACAAGCCGAGUGAGGAGUUUGUGGAGGCCAUUAAUUCCGCCCAGGACUCCUGGAGAGCCACGAGCUACAAACAGGAGCAGCUCUUCACACUCCAGCAGCUCUUGAACAGGGCAGGAGGACCCCAAUCACGCAUCCCACAACAUGUUCGCCCUGCACCUGUUACCAUGGAGAUGGCGAAGUUGACAGCUGGACUUCCUGAGUACUGGGACUGGAGAAAUGUGGGAGGAGUCAAUUACGUCAGUCCAGUGCGUAACCAAGAGACCUGUGGGAGCUGCUACUCCUUCUCCUCUAUGGGAAUGCUGGAGUCGAGGGUUCGAAUCCUGACGAACAACACACACCAACCCAUCCUCAGCCCCCAACAAGUAGUGUCCUGUUCCCAGUACUCACAAGGCUGUGACGGGGGGUUCCCCUAUCUCAUUGGGAAGUAUGUGCAGGACUUUGGCAUCGUGGAGGAGGACUGCGUUCCGUACCGCGGGGUGGACGCGCCCUGCUCCGUCCCCGACAACUGUCGCCGCCUCUACGCCUCCGACUACCACUACGUGGGUGGUUUCUAUGGCAACUGCAAUGAGGCAGCCAUGAUGCUGGAGCUGGUGAGGGACGGCCCAAUGGGCGUGGCCUUUGAGGUGUACCCAGAGUUCAUGCACUAUAAGGAGGGCAUCUACCACCACACAGGUGUGUCUGCCGACGGCUUCAACCCCUUCGAGCUGACCAAUCACGCGGUGCUGCUGGUGGGCUACGGCCGCUGUCACAAGACGGGCCAGAAGUUCUGGAUCGUGAAGAACAGCUGGGGGGCGGGCUGGGGGGAGGGGGGCUUCUUCCGUAUCCGCCGCGGCUCCGACGAGUGUUCCAUUGAGAGCAUCGCCGUGGCAGCCAAGCCCAUCCCACCGCUGUAGGCACACACA